AUGGCUCUUAGCGACUCCCAACAGACCACUGAUUGGGGCGGCGCGUUACAUGGACCUCGCUUGUACCUGGGGGCAAUUGGACUCGGCUUGGCACUUUUUCUAACAUGUCUCGAGGCAACAAUCGUGAGCACUUCGCUCGUUACUAUUACGAAUGAUCUGCACGACUCGAAUCAAAGCAGUUGGAUCAUUACUUCAUACCUCCUUACCUACACUGGAUUCUUGGUCAUCUGGUCCAAUUGCAGUGCCAUUAUUGGUGCGAGACAGGGUAUCUUAGUCGCUUUGUUCAUCUUCGUGGUGUUCUCGGGUGGAUGUGCCGCAGCCAACACUCUCAGCCAACUAAUCAUUUGUCGGGCAUUUCAAGGAAUCGGUGGAGCCGGUGUCUAUUCUUUGAAUCUCUACGCCUUCGUGAGAAUUUUCCCUUUCAAGCACUUUGAUAGGGCUAGCUCUAUUGCUGGUGGUAUUUCUUCUUUGGGCUUAGUGCUGGGUCCUGUGCUUGGGGGUAUUAUUUCAAACAAUGGCAACUGGCGUUGGGUCUUUCUUUACAAUGUCCCGGUCGGUGUCUUGGCAUGGGCUUUCAUCUUAAUCGCAAUCCCUGUUCAUUUCCCAGAAGCCAAGUCGGGAUCUGUGAACUCGAAGUCCGUCUGGGGUGGCGUAAGAUCCUUGUCCCGACUUGAUGGUAUUGGCGCCGCCUUGAUUUUAACUUCGUGUUCUUUUGUCAUUUCUGCCCUGCAAGAAGGCAAUUCAAAUUAUACAUGGAGCUCGAGCCUGGUGAUUAGUUUCUUUGUCAUUGCAGGGGUGUCCUGCAUAGCAUUCCUUGGUUGGGAGUGGCUUCUUUUUGCUAGAAAGAUACCGAUAACGCCAGCCUUUCCGUGGUCGCUGAUGCAGAGUCGAGUUUUUAUGGGCAUUGCUCUUGGUUUCCUGACUUCGGGCCUUCCUUUGUUUGUCUGUAUCAUUGAGAUCCCAGAACGUUUCCAGAUUGUCAAUGGAAGCUCUCCACUCCGCGCAGGGGUAAAGCUAUUGGCCUUUUCGGUGAGCUGUCCAGUCGGAAUCAUUGCCUGCUCUAUUCUGGCAGGGCGUUUUUCUGUUCCAUUCGUCUAUAUAAUGCUAGCUGGGAUAGCGUUUGAGGUCAGUGGCAUGUUCCUAUUUUCAGAAAUCGCCGGUGUAGAGCACAUCUGGCCAGGCCAAUUUGGAUACCUGGUCCUUGCGGGCCUGGGAGUUGGCUUGAGUAUAGCCGCAUACUAUAUGGCGGCCCCAUUGGUGGUGGAAGAAGAUGACCAGGCUACUGCCAUCGGAAUUGGAAUUCAAUUUCGGACUCUGGGCGGCGUACUGGGAGUUUCGGCUGCGACCACUAUUUUGAACCAUUUCCUGGCAACUCGGUUAGCUGGCCACAUCCAGCCUGAAGUUCUUGCUGAAAUACAGAGGUCAACUGAUGCAAUCACUACUCUGGCGCCCGAAACACAGGCGUUCAUUCGAGAGGUCUUUGCCGAUGCUUAUAGUGCGCAGAUGAAGCUCGCGGGGGCAUUCUCGGCGGCACAGAUACUGGCUGUUGCUAUGAUAUGGAAGAGGGGAGAAAAUGUGCACUUUUUGAAGCCUACUUAG